UAUCCACCGCUCACGAGGAGGACCAUGGCCCGUCGUCGUCGUCCACUGUUCACUCGCCGCAAGUCAACAAGAGUUACCAACAGACAACUAGGGGGAGAUCCAACCGCGCCAUCGCGGGCACAGUUCACGUCCUGGAACAAGUUUGCACGGUUCGUUAUGCCGGAUGUGGACGGCGUGGAACAUCAAAUAAAAGUGAAUGACGACGUUCUCGUCUGGCCACAGGGUCGAUCAAUCGACGAGACUCUAAAGAUGGACGAGUACUGGCUGGCUAAAGUGCGCGACAUACGGUCAUCAGAGCAGGAUCGCGCGGAUGUAUGGGUUUGGGUCCAGUGGUACUACUCACCGCGCGACGUGGCCGAUGUGAUCAAGUCGUUCGACCCCAAUGCAUGCGGAAAACAUGAACGGAUAUUCUCCGACCAUUACGACUUUAUCCACUCGACAACUAUAGACGGUACUGCUACUAUAAAACGGUACAAUGAUGGAGAUAUGGAACAGAGCGCCAUAGGUAAGGACAGUUAUUGGUGUCGGUAUAACUUCGAGAGGGAAGCGCGAACACUUGCCCCAAAGCCGAGCGACGCGUGCAUUUGCCAAUACCCCUACGACCCGGACGAUGACACCGUGGUCAUGCACUUCUGUCCUCGCCCAAGCUGUCGGAAAGCAUAUCACCAAUCUUGUCUCGUAAAAGAAAAGUUCAAGGAACCAGUCACUCCGGAUCGACCAUUACGGCUUCUUUUGUCUUCGCCAGAUAGCGAUGAACCAUUCACUGUCCCACCUAGACGCUCUUCUCGCUCAAGGAAAGCCCGGCCCGAACAAACGAUUGAGGAGCUCUUGGAGGGUCUCCCGGAUGAGUUGGUCAGAGUGGCGAAGCAGCCUAUGGUGAAAGGCGCCAAGUACCCACUUGGUGGGAUUGUUGGGAAUAUUACUUGGGUGAGCAGGGCAAGGCGGUUGGUGUACGAUGCUCUCAGUGGCUUUGGUGUUCCGGAUGACUGGAAAGACGGAAUAGACUGCUCGAAGGCUAUCGUAAAAUUCAAAGAUCGUAAUGUCAUUCCAGCUCUAAUCUGUCCACAGUGCAAAGGUCCGAUAUGACUUUUUGGUGUAUCUAUUUUCCUGGUAUCUUGCUAGAUGUUGUAUUUCUAUUAGCUGUAUAUAAUAUUGUAGUAUAUUGGGGAUAUCCACUUGUCGUCCGAUGCUUGAUCGCUCUU